AUGGCCAAAGAGAAAACCAAGAUCAAACAUCACAGCAAGGCCAAGCAUAGAUUCAAGGUUCGAUCUGCUUUAACCUGUUGGACACCACUGUACUACGCACCCAGUCCUCGGUUUAAUAAUCACACGAUACGGAGAUGGGCUACGAAACGUGCUGCCGAGAAGAUCAAAGCCACCCAACCACAGCCAAAGACUGUCUCGCUUCUCGACCUCCCUCUCGAACUCCUGUGGAUGUUCUUUGAUCACGUCACUUGUAGAGAACGUCGCAAACGGCGCCGCUACACAAUUCAGGUUGUACCUGAAGGCGCCUCAAUUGACAAUAUGGCCAUCUCUCAACACCCCUUGUUAAUGGUCUGCUCAUCCCUUCGCUCAAGGCUAAUCUCCUACUUCUAUUCAAUCUCUUCUUUCCAUGUGGAGGUUCACAUGAGCUCGACAAUCAGAAACAAUCAAGGUAUCCUCUACCUACAAGAGCUGCAGGAAAAUGUCCUGCACGAACGCAAACUGAGCUCUGUAAAAUUGACCAUCAAUAUUUACGAGCUGUCGAGAAAAUUCUUCGAUUAUUCCGUUCUCGUACAAAUGGGCACAAUAUUGUUCGAGGACUACCGCACCAAGAGGCUUGUGUCCAGAUACAACGGCGAGCUCAUGAAGUUGCGUUGGCGGCUGAAGUGCAACGACCCAGAGUUCGAAUGCCCAUGUCCGAGAUAUGUUGUCGAGCAAGAUCUGAAAAGAUUACUGGACAAGAUCCAUAAAUGGGCCGCAAAAGCAGCAAUCCACACAUCGAAGAGUUCACAGGCCUUCAGCUCUAAGCUGGAGAGAUGGCUUAAGACUCAAGAAGGCGUCGUCGAUAAAACAUAUUACAUCAGAAGGACACUCGAUGAAUGUCUGAAGGCAACGAGUGUCCGGGAUAGACGGUUGUCCCUUGAUUCCUGCUAUGGAAAUGUCUGUCUCUGUGGCUGA